AUGAGAAACAAUUUAGUCCCUGUAACUCUCUCCUUCACCAUCUUCAUCAUCCUCUCAACUCCAUCAAUCGCCGAACCAGAGACACCGGAGACUUCUUUCCUCUUCCCCGUCGAUCAAAUCCUCAACAAAACCAACACAUGGCUCCAAUUCCCGACGAAAUUCAACCAACCGAAAAUCGAGCUAACCACAUCAACAAUCAUCGCCGCCGUACUCUCUUUCCUCGCCUCAUCGAUCUCCAGCGCCGGCGGAAUCGGCGGCGGAGGCUUAUACGUUCCGAUAAUGACGAUCGUCGCCGGACUCGAUCUCAAAACAGCCUCGAGCUUCUCCGCCUUCAUGGUCACAGGCGGAUCUAUCGCGAACGUCGGAUGCAAUCUCUUCGUCAGAAACCCUAAAUCCGGAGGCAAAACGAUAAUCGAUUUCGAUUUGGCUCUGCUUCUGGAGCCGUGUAUGCUUCUCGGAGUUAGCAUCGGAGUGAUUUGCAAUCUCGUGUUUCCGAAUUGGCUUAUCACGACGCUCUUCGCCGUGUUUCUGGCGUGGUCGACGUUGAAGACGUUUAAGAACGGGGUUUAUUACUGGAGGAUUGAAUCGGAGAUGGUGAAAAUCAGAGAAUCGAAUCGAAUCGGAGAAGACGAUGACGGUGGUGAUGAGAGUAAGAUUGAGAGUGUGAAAUUGCCGCUUUUGGAAGAUUACGAGAGACCAAAGAGGUUUCCAUGGAUAAAGCUUGGCGUUUUGGUGGUUAUUUGGCUCUCUUACUUUGCUGUUUAUCUUCUUCGCGGAAACAAAUACGGCGAGGGAAUCAUAUCGAUCCAGCCAUGUGGAAUCACUUACUGGCUCAUCUCAUCGACUCAAAUACCACUCACUCUCUUCUUCACUAUAUGGAUUUGCUUCAGUGACAGUGUUCAAAGCAGCCAGUCAUCAGAUCACCACGUUUCAGUAAAGGACGUAGAAGAUUUGAGAUCAAAUGGUGGAGGAAGAUCAAACAAGUGUAUGUUUCCUGUAAUGGCUCUAUUAGCUGGAGUUUUAGGUGGUGUUUUCGGUAUCGGAGGCGGAAUGCUCAUUAGCCCUCUUCUCCUCCAAGUUGGUAUCGCUCCUGAGGUAACUGCAGCGACAUGUUCUUUCAUGGUUUUGUUUUCAUCAACAAUGUCUGCGAUUCAAUACUUGUUACUAGGCAUGGAACAUACCGGAACGGCAAGUCUAUUCGCGGUUGUAUGUUUUGUGGCGUCACUCAUGGGACUAAUGGUGGUUCAAAAGGUUAUAAAUGAGUAUGGAAGAGCUUCGAUCAUUGUGUUCUCGGUAGGUAUUGUCAUGGCAUUGAGUAUUGUGUUGAUGACAAGCUAUGGAGCUCUUGAUAUUUGGAAUGAUUUUGUCGAUGGUAGUUACAUGGGUUUCAAAUUACCUUGUUGA